AUGCAGCGACUGUUGACUCCAGUUAAGCGGGUCUUGCAAGUUAAAAGAGUCCUGCAGGAAGCUGCCCUCACCCCUGCUCGCCUCCUCCCAGCAACUCACCAGUGGUUUUCUACGGUGUCUGCUGUUCCCUUGGCCAAAACAGAUACCUGGCCAAAGGAUGUGGGCAUUCUUGCCCUGGAGGUCUACUUCCCAGCCCAAUAUGUGGACCAAACUGAUCUGGAGAAGUAUAACAAUGUGGCAGCAGGAAAGUACACAGUGGGCUUGGGUCAGAACCAAAUGGGUUUCUGCUCAGUCCAAGAAGAUAUCAACUCCUUGUGCUUGACAGUGGUGCAGCAGCUGAUGGAGCGCACACAGAUCCCAUGGGAUUCUGUUGGCCGGCUGGAGGUGGGCACUGAAACCAUCAUUGACAAGUCCAAAGCUGUCAAAACAGUGCUCAUGGAGCUUUUCCAGGAUUCUGGGAACACCGACAUUGAGGGCAUAGAUACCACCAAUGCCUGCUACGGUGGCACUGCCUCACUCUUCAAUGCUGCCAACUGGAUGGAGUCCAGUUCCUGGGAUGGUCGCUAUGCAAUGGUGGUCUGCGGAGACAUCGCGGUCUAUGCAAAUGGCAGUGCUCGCCCCACAGGUGGGGCUGGAGCUGUGGCAAUGCUGGUGGGGCCCGAGGCCCCUCUGGCCCUUGAGAGAGGGCUUCGAGGAACCCACAUGGAAAAUGUAUAUGACUUUUACAAACCAGACCUGGCUUCAGAGUAUCCGGUUGUAGAUGGGAAGCUUUCCAUUGAAUGCUACUUUCGGGCCUUGGAUCGAUGUUACUCAUUUUACCGCCAAAAAAUCCAGAAGCAAUGGAAGCAAGCUGGUAUUGACCGACCUUUCAACCUGGAAGAUUUCCAGUUUCUGAUCUUUCACACACCCUUCUGCAAGUUGGUCCAGAAAUCCUUGGCACGCCUAAUGUUCAAUGACUUCCUCUCAGCCAGCAGUGACAUACAAAGCAGCCACUAUAAGGGGCUAGAGGCCUUCAGGGGUCUAAAGCUAGAAGACACUUACAACAACAGGGAUGUGGAUGCAGCAUUUCAAAAGGCCUCGCUGGACAUGUUCAACAAGAAAACCAAGGCCUCCCUUUACCUCUCCACACACAAUGGGAACAUGUACACCUCAUCCCUCUAUGGGUGCCUGGCCUCGCUUCUCUCCCUCUACUCUGCCCAAGACUUGGCUGGCUCUAGGAUAGGUGCCUUCUCCUAUGGCUCUGGCUUGGCAGCCAGUUUAUUUUCACUUCGUGCUUCCAAGGAUGCUUCUCCAGGUUCCCCACUUGAGAAACUGGUGUCUAGUGUAUCAGAUCUGCCAAAUCGCCUAGCCUCCAGGAAGCGUGUAUCUGCUGAGGAGUUCACAGAAGUAAUGAACCAGAGAGAGCAGUUUUGCCACAAGGUGAAUUUCUCACCCCCUGGUGACACCAACAGCCUUUUCCCAGGCACUUGGUACUUGGAGCAGGUGGAUGAGCUGUAUCGCCGCAAGUAUGCCCGGCGUCCCUUCUAA